AUGUCCCAUAGAACUUGGUUCAAACUUCGUGCACCAUGUCAGAGAAAAAGAUCUUGGCUUCUAAACUUUGACGUUAUUAGGGGUUUUCCAUCAGAAUGGGUAUUCCAUUGUCCAUUAGCAUCCAAGCAGAAUAAGAAAUAUAAGUGGACAAAUAUGGUACUGUGGAUGCAUGAAGCAUUAAGAGUUUUCUAUGAUAGACUUUCAAAUGGUUUGGACAGAGAGACCAUAUUUGCAAAAAUAUGCAGUGCUAUAACUCAGUACUUUCCUGAACCACCUGAAAUAUUCCUCAAUCAUCUCCCAUCAUUUGAUGGAAUGGUAACUGAAGAUCUAGUAAAAGGACUGUCAUUUGGAAAGUAUUUUAAUAUGCAAGAUGAUGAAGUUUCUCAGUGGUAUGAGGAAAUUUUAAACUUUGAUGAUAUCCAAACAACUGCUGAAAGAGUGAUUGAGAAAUAUAAUGAAGAGCAUGAAAUAAAAAUGGAUAUAGUCUUAUUCAGGUCUGCAUUAGAACAUCUCAUCCACCUGUGCCGGAUUAUGGUUACUCCAUGCAGUAACUGUCUUCUUAUUGGAGUUGGAGGCACAUCUCGUCAGACCUUAGUACGUCUUGGUGCUGUCAUAGUUGGAAAUAUUUAUUUUCAACCAACCAUCUCGAAAGACUAUGGCCUUGAAGAGUGGCGAUCUGACUUGAAAUACUGUUUGGUUGAAAGUGGUGGACAUAAUAAAGAAGUAACCCUUAUGUUCAGUGAUUAUCAGAUAAAAUAUGAAGACUUUCUAGAAGACUUAAACUGUCUUGUCAGCACAGGAGAAGUUCCCAAUAUGUUUACAAGAAUUGAAAAACAAGAGAUUUUAGAUUUAUACCGACUAUGUACACUCCAGUUACUGGCAACAGCGAUGGUACGCAGUGCAGCACAAGGAGGUAUAAGCAGUGUUGAGAUCAGUUUGGUUGAAGCUUUCAAGUUUUUUAUCAGCCGAUGCAAACUGAAACUGCAUAUUAUGUUGUCUUUUAAUCACACAUUCAGUGAAUAUCGUAGGCGUCUACACUCAUAUACUAACCUAGUAACUUGUUGUGACUGCAUAUGGUUUGAGCCAUGGACUGAUGAUGCUUUAGAAAAAGUAGCACAACGGUAUCUGAGUGAUGCACAUGUGAGUGAUCAAACAAAGACAGCUGCAGUGGAUGUAUGUAAAUAUUUUCAUCUCACAGCUGGACCUGUUCAGGAUAAUUUCUAUAGAGCAGUGGGUCUCCAGACAUACAUUUCAGCAUCAAAUUUUGUUUUACUUACAAAGUCAUUUACAUAUACUGUCAAUACUAAGAAAGAAGAAACAGAGGAGGUCAGGGACCAUUACUUGUCAGGUCUUGGAAAACUCCAUUAUGCAGAUAAGGAGGUCCAAAAGCUGUUAGAUAAUCUCAUGGACUUGCGUUCACAACUAGCUGACACCACAAAAAAAUUGGAACAAACGAAGCUAAACAUUAUUUAUACACAAAAGCAACAUGCUGCUCAAACUAAGAAAGUUGAAAAGCAACGAGAUAUUACUGAGAAACAGAGAGAAGUUACCAAAGGGCUGCAAGAUAAUUGUGAUGAAAUAAUGAGUGAAGCAACACCAUUUCUUGAAGAUGCAAAUGAAAAAUUGAAUGCACUAAAACCAUCUGACAUGACAAAUCUGAAGGGAAUGAAGCAACCCCCAGAUGGAGUAAGAGUGGUCAUGACUGCAGUUUGUCUAUUGAAAGAUGUGAAACCUGACAGAAUUACUGAUCCAGCCUCUGGAAAGAAAUCAAAUGACUACUGGGGACCAGCUAAAAAGCUUCUUGCAGAUUUCCGCUUUCUGUUCAACCUUAAAACAUUUGACAAAGACAACAUACCUCCUGCCGUUAUGAAGAAAGUUCGAGCUGAAAUAAAAAAACCAGAGUUUAAUGCUCAAGCUAUAGCAAAAGCAUCAAAGGCUGCUGAAGCAAUAUGUCUGUGGGUGGCUGCAAUGGAUGUAUAUGAGCGUGUUUCCAAGGUAUUAGAACCAAAAAAAGUAGUAUUAGCGGAAGCUGAAGCAGUCCUACAAGAACUCAGCACUGUUUUAUCUAGCGAAGAAGAGAAGCAGAAGGAUCUUGAAGCCAAAUUAUUAGAACUGAACAGAGUGCGUGAGGAAACUGCUGAUCAUAAAGCUGACCUUGAAGCUAGAGAAGCUGAGGCAGACAGCAAGUGGCAGCGAGCUGACAGACUUAUUCGAAGCCUUGAAGGAGAGAGAAUUCAUUGGACAGAAGCGUCUGACUCAUUGCAGCUCGCACUUGAUAACCUGCCUGGCAAUGUUUUAGUAUCUUGUGGAGUUAUGGCAUACCUGUCACCUUUCACAUCAGUGUACAGGACUAAAUGCAUUGAAGACUGGCAUGCAUACAUUGUUAGAAGUGGCAUCCCAAGUUCAACUGUCUAUGAUUUUGUUCAAGCCCUGGGGCUCGAUCUAAAAACCCGUUCAUGGAUAAUUGCUGGGCUUCCUCGAGACCAUUUUACACUUGAAAGUGCAGUUAUUGUUGAUAAUUCACAAAGGUGGUCAAUUAUGGUGGAUCCUCAAAGUCAAGGUAACAAAUGGAUCAAAAAUGUCGAAAAGAAAAAUGGUCUUGAAGUAGUAAAGUUCACAGAUGCCACUUAUGUGGGUACUAUUGAAAACUGCAUAAUGUUUGGACGACCAGCACUUCUUGAAAACAUUGGAGAAACUCUUGAACCACCCUUAGAUCCUGUGCUCCUGAAAAGAAUGUAUUUAAAGGAUGGAUCACUCAAAAUAAUGCUCAGUAAGGAGGUUGAAUAUAAUACAAAGUUCAGAUUUUACAUAACUACAAAGUUGCAAAAGCCGCGCUAUUCAUUCCAUGACUACAACAAAAUAACACUUGUGAACUUUUACCUCCCAAUAGAGGGUCUACAGGAGCAGCUUCUAACAAUAGUGGUGAAAAGUGAAAGACCUGACAUGGAAGAUCAGAGACAAAAUCUAUUACUACAAAGUGCCACACAUGUCAAGAGACUUGAAGAUAUAGAACAGAAUAUAUUUGAAACAUUGGCAGAGUCAACAGGAAACAUUUUAGAAGAUGAUUAUGCAAUAAAUGUGCUUAAUUCCUCCAAGCUUCAAUCAGCCAUCCUUAAUAAAUAA